ACUAGUAGUAAGUGAUUUUCAAAUACAAAAAUGGUGAUGGAAUUCAAGGCUAGAACUUUCCUUGCGACGGUGGUGAUGUUUCUGUUGGCAUCAAGUGUGUUAAUUAUGGAAAGUGAAGGUGCUGGAGAAUGUGGAAAGACACCAAUUGGUUCAGCAGCUGCAAGUCUAAGUCCAUGCUUAGAUGCAUCACGUAAUGGGAGGGCAAAAGUUUCAGCAGCUUGCUGUUCUAAAGUUGGUGCUUUGCUUUCAACUUCUCCAAAAUGUCUUUGUUCAGUUCUUUUGUCACCUCUUGCUAAACAAGCUAAGAUCAAUCUUGCUAUUGCUAUUACUAUUCCUAAGAGAUGCAACAUUAGGAAUAGACCUGCCGGAAAGAAAUGUGGAAAGUACACACUUCCUUGAAACCAAAACAGCAGAAUAAUAUAUGUGAUAUGUAGUAUUUAACAUAUUAAAGAGCUAAAUAAAUUUUAUGUUAUGACAUUUUUGUUAGAAAAUAGGUGAUAUGUAGUAUUUAACAUAUUAAAGAGCUAAAUAAAUUUUAUG